AUUCAAGGUGAGUUCACUAUCUUCACAGUGGUGUGUCAAAGCCAGGUCAUUUUUUCCCACAGGCUUUUGGUGCCUGGUCUGUAUCAGGAGAUAGAAUCUUGACGACUAGGAUAUUUUUCUAUGGGAGCUCAAAACUGUUUAGCAUAAUCUUCUUCACCUGCUCAGAAGUUCUCUUAGAGAAGAGUCUUGGUCCAGCAUUCACUCCCAACCCAUAACCAUUGCCCAUCAGGAAUUCAUAUAUAUGACAGAGGCAACAGCAUUGUGUCUGGUUUAAACGGGCAAGAUCUUCAGUCCCAGGCAAUGAGCAAGUAUGAUAUUUGAAGGGAAUGGAAGCCACAAGACAGUGUGAUCUACCACAACAGGUCUACAGCCAGGUAGAAGACAAUACCUCUGAAGAGUCUGAGUAUGACAUCACUCAAGAAGAAGAGUAGGAGGAAGCCUUCUUCCCAGGCCCUGGGGAAUAUUGUUGGCUGCAGAAUUUCUCACGGGUGGAAGGAAGGUAAUGAGCCUGUCACCCAUUGGAAGGCCAUCAUUCUAGGUCAACUGCCAACAAACCCUUCUCUUUAUUUGGUGAAGUAUGACGGAAUUGACAGUGUCUACGGACAGGAGCUCCACAGCGAUGAGAGGAUUUUAAAUCUUAAGGUCUUGCCUCACAAAGUAGUUUUUCCUCAGGUGAGGGAUGUCCACCUCGCCAGCGCCCUGGUUGGCAGAGAGGUACAACACAAAUUUGAGGGGAAAGAUGGCUCUGAGGACAACUGGAGUGGGAUGGUGCUAGCCCAGGUGCCAUUCUUACAGGACUAUUUUUACAUUUCCUACAAGAAGGAUCCGGUCCUCUACGUCUAUCAGCUCCUGGAUGACUACAAGGAAGGUAACCUCCACAUCAUUCCAGAGACCCCUCUGGCUGAGGCGAGAUCAGGUGAUGACAAUGACUUCUUAAUAGGUUCCUGGGUGCAGUACACCAGAGAUGAUGGAUCCAAAAAGUUCGGAAAGGUUGUUUACAAAGCUCUAGCCAAUCCUACUGUGUACUUUAUCAAAUUUCUUGGUGACCUCCAUAUCUAUGUCUAUACUCUGGUGUCAAAUAUCACUUAAAUUGAAAAAAAUCACAAAGUACAGAAAUAUAAACUUAUAGGAUUGAAAAAAAAUGUUUGUUUUCCUGUGUUGGGUACCUAUGGGUCUUUGACAACCUCAGUAUCUUUGUCAAUAAAAUUUGUUUUGUUCUAAAAAUUAAUACGUGUGACAUGACAUGCUUUUAGUGAACACUUUGUUGGAAGAGAUGGACUAUGGUGGAAAGAACAUCCAAGGAAGAUGAAAGUUGCAACGCAGGCUGUGAACAGUGCAUACAUCUAAUAUCACACAGGCUAAAAUGGACAGGGUUAGAUUCUGUAGUCUGCAUUGUGAGCAAAAAUUGGAGAUAUGACUUAGAGGAGCAGGGAUGGCAGCAAAAAAUGGAUUUUUAGGAAGAAGCGGAGAAAGACGGGACAUAGAUAGAAUCUCUGGUAUGAAGUCUGAGGGAGAAACAACAAGUUGGGGAAAGAGUGAUAGAUAAAAGAAAUGUGGCCUUGUUACUCAAAGUGCAACCCAGAAAACUGAUCCAAAGAGAUUCAGAAAUCAGACAAAAUCAGGUUUCAUUUGAAUAAUGAAACGAAAUGAAACUUGUCUCUCAUUUUAAGAUUUAUUAUCUUUAUUUAUAUGGGUGGGAGUAGGGCAUGAGAUUGAGAGUAUAGGUGACCACAGAGACAUGAGUUGUCAGAUCCCAUGGAGCUGGCAUUAAAGCUGAUUGUUAACCAUUGGAUAUG